UUUGACGUUCUAGGGAGCACCGAAAUAUCUCAGCUAUCGCAGCUCGAGGUCGUCAAUAGGGAGCUGUACGUCCACAUGACGAGCACGCCGCAUCCUUUUGGAGUUCUUGACCUCAGACUGGGACCAAAUCGCAGCGAUGCAGCCUGCCAAACCUGUGGCCGCUCAAUCCUCCAGUGCGCUGGUCACUGGGGGCACGCGCGCCUCGAAGUUCCCGUUUUUCACUGUGGGUACUUCAAGUAUAUCCUGCAGAUCCUGUACUGCCUCUGCAAGCGCUGCGGCACCCUUCUGCUGUCGCCAGAGGCGAAGGCGAGGACGCUUAUGCGCAUGCGGCGGUUUAAAGACGACCCCAUCAUGAAGCGCGUUCUCUUCAGACGCACCGUGGAGGCCUGUAAGAAGACCACAAGGUGCCCUGAAUGCGAGGCCCCCCAAGGCGUCCUUAAGCGGAUCGUGAGGCCCCUGUUGGAUCAGUUUCUCAAGAUAAGACAUGUGGUCAAGAACAAGGAGGGCCGAGCGAUGGUCACAGAAGAGGAUCUUCACCCGCUUUUUGUCCAAAAUCUGCUUAGGCGUAUGCGCCCCUCGGACUGCGAGGUGUUGGAUAUCGUGGCGCCAGAGAAGAUGCUCAUUCAGCACCUGCUGAUCCCCCCCAAUUGCAUUCGUCCCUCGGUGACCAUUGGGGAGCAGGGGUCCAACGAAGACGAUUUGACAUGCGUUUUAGCGGAUAUCAUGGAGUUGAAUAAUGUGCUUCGCAGCCACGCGGCGUCCGGCUUCCAUACAACACAAUUUUUGGGUCUGUGGGAAUUCUUGCAGCUGCAGUGCACACGGCUCAUCAACUCCGAGGCCCCCGCCGUUUCGCAGCUGCUCGCGUCGAAAAACAUCACAAAAGCAGGACGAGGGAUUUGUCAGCGUCUUAAGGGCAAGGAAGGCCGUUUCAGAGGAAAUCUCUCCGGGAAAAGAGUAGACUUCUCAGGCCGCACCGUCAUAUCUCCAGACCCCAAUGUGGAUGUCUUCGAGGUCGUCGUGCCAGAGUGGGUUGCUAAGCGCCUGACGUUUCCCGAAAAGGUUUGCGCUGCGAGUCUCCCAAGGCUGAGGGCCGCAGUUCUUAGGGGAUGCGAUGAGUGGCCAGGGGCCUCCUAUGUCAACAAAGCAGACGGGGCUAAGUGCAGCCUGAGGUACGCGAAUCGGCGACUGGUAGCGGAGAACCUGCAAAUCGGGGAUACAGUAGAGCGCCACCUCCACAACGGCGACGUUGUUCUCUUCAAUCGACAGCCCUCUCUGCACCGUGUGAGCAUCAUGGCCCACAGGGCUCGGGUAAUGCCAUGGAGGACCUUUCGUUUCAACGAAUGCGUGUGUUCUCCGUAUAAUGCGGACUUCGACGGGGACGAGAUGAACUUACACUUGCCCCAGACUCAGGAGGCGCGUGCUGAGGCGCUGCAUCUCAUGGGGGUCGUCAGGAACUUGGUAACGCCUAAGAAUGGGGAGCCGCUUAUUGCAGCCACACAAGACUUCCUCUCGGGCUGCUACCUCCUGACGCACAAAGACACCUUUUUUUCCCGUGCCGCCUUCUGCCAAGUCUGCUCGUCCUUCACGGAUGGAGUCGUUCGUGUCGACCUCCCACCCCCCGCUAUUCUGUAUCCCGAGGAACUGUGGACGGGGAAGCAGGUCAUCAACGUGCUCCUCAGGCCGAACCGCAGCUGCAGGGUCAUGCUCAACUUCGAGGUUAAGGAAAGAGAGUUCUCGCCACAAGCCGUGCCUCAUGGGGCCCCCCCGUUCAUGUGUCCUAGAGACGCGUACGUUGUAUUCCGACAGUCCGAGCUACUCGCCGGCUGCAUUGGCAAGAAAGUUCUUGGGGACGCAAAGCACGGUCUGUUCUUCCACUUGAUUCGCGACAACUCGGAGAGUCUGGCGGCAGCGUGCAUGGGCCGAGUGGCGCGCUUGUGCGCACGUUGGUUUGCGUCUUACGGGUUUACAAUCGGAAUAGACGAUGUAACGCCGGGGCCGGAACUUGUGGCAGCUAAGCAGAAUCUGCUGGAGGAGGGUUACAAGCAAGUGGAUGAGGAAAUCAAGCUUUUCAGGAGGGGCGCCAUGCAGCCGCAUCCAGGCUGUACUCUAGAGCAGACUUUGGAGGUGCGUGUCAAGCGGAUUCUAGACGAUCUUCGGAAUGAGGCCGGCAAGGUCUGUAACCAGAUGUUGAAGCCCCUCAACAAGCCAGUGGUAAUGUUCCAGUCAGGAGCUAAAGGGGCCCUCAUCAACAUUGCACAGAUGAUCGCCUGUGUAGGGCAGCAGAAUGUCUCAGGACAGAGGAUCACCAACGGCUUCGUUUCGCGUACGCUCCCGCACUUUCCUAUGGACUGCAAGGAUGCCAAAAGCAGGGGCUUCGUGGCCAACUCCUUUUACAGCGGCCUCGAUCCAGACGAGUUCUUCUUUCACACAAUGUCUGGCAGAGAAGGGCUGGUGGAUACUGCUGUCAAAACCGCAGAGACAGGUUACAUGCAGCGACGCCUCAUGAAGGCCCUGGAGGACCUCUCCAUAAAAUAUGAUCACACCGUCCGAACGAGUGAUGGUCAAAUCGUUCAAUUUGUGUAUGGUGAUGAUGGCCUGAACCCGAUUAUGAUGGAAGACAAGAACAGGCCCGCAAACUUCGAUAAGGUCUUUCAGCACGUAUCGGCAAUGAUCAAACUCCCUUUCCUCCCCAAUCACGUGAACGCACAGGCUCUCCUCAGCCAAGACCAGCCAAAGGCGUUUAACCGGGGGCCUCCGAGCCAGAAGUGCUCCAGAUGGGCACCCAGCGAAACAGACCCCGACGUCGUGCUGCCACCCUCAGACCCCGCAAGCGUGCAGACGCUUUUGGAAAUGGCAGAGGCUGCAGAUGCUGAGGCGGCUGGGGAGCCUUCGACGUGCGCAGAGGAAACAACCGCAGCAGAACGGGAACUGUGGGGCCGUCUGCCUGAGACCUGUAGACACAAACUGGGCCUCUGGCGUCGAUGGCGCGCAUCCCAGCGUCAGCAGCAACGACCGCCGAAGCACCAGCAAGACGCGUCUUGUAGCGAUCCUCUGGCUCAGCAAGCACACAAUUACUUACGAGCCCAUCUUGCGGUGUACGAGUGGCUGCCACGUGAGAAGCGAGACUUACCCUUGUUGCCAUAUGAGAUCCUCUGCUGGACGCACUUUCUUGUAGAGCUUAUGGGAGAGGUUAUCUCGCAGCAGCUUUUCUACCAUCAGGGGGUCGCUCUUGGGGAGGCUGAAACCCACCAAGCGGGCACGGAAAAGGUGCGAGUCUUCAAGGAGGAGCUUCGUGAGUGGCUUACUGCCAAAGCCCAAGACGUUGCGAAGUAUAGGAACAAUGACGGAGAGAAAGAGGCGCUCACAUCUGAGAGCUUUCAAGCGACCCUAUCGGAUUGGCGGCAAGCGGGCUUUGGUGUCCAAAGGCGCUGCUGGAUCAUGGGACACAGAAACAACGCUGAUGUAGACCCCAGCUGCCCCCCAGGCGAGGUCGCUAAUGUGCAUGUGGUUGCUGAAGGCUUGGUGAAGGCUACCUGCGCACACUUCCGUCUAUGGAAGUUCAACAGACAUUACUGGGUGACAGCACGGCACAUUUUCGAGUUUCUACGGUGCAGUUGGCGCAAGUACCAACGAGCCAUCAGCGAGCCAGGGGAGGCAGUCGGGGCCAUGGGGGCACAGUCCAUAGGAGAGCCUGGUACCCAGAUGACUCUUAAGACGUUUCAUUUUGCUGGCGUCGCAUCGAUGAACGUCACACUCGGUGUCCCGCGGAUCAAGGAGAUUAUUAACGCGGCAUUGAAGAUUCAGACCCCAAUUAUUGAAGCUCCUCUGCUAAACAAUUCAGAUUACAACUACGCCGUCCUGGUUAAGAAUCGAAUAGAGAAAACCCUUUUGAGCGAAUGCUGCUCGUACAUCAAAGAAACGUACACGCCUGAAGGAGCCUGGCUCAGCAUCAAACUUGACGCGCAUACUAUCCGCACACUCUUCUUGGAUAUUAGUGCCGAAAAGGUGAAGGACGCGAUUUUGCGACACACAAUGAUCAACAAAGUGCGUUUAACAAAGAAUUGCGUCGAAGUAGUGAAUGAAUGGAAGUUGCGGGUGCUACCACCGGGAGGAGAUCAAAUCUUUUUCCAGCUUCAGGCGCUUAAAGCUGGACUCCUUGAAGUUGUGCUCUCCGGUUACAAGGAUGUAAAGCGUGGUGUCAUCAAGCAUGAAGAAGUUAAGGGGCCAGACGGCAAUGUGCAGCACGUCUACAGCCUGGCCGUUGAGGGCUACGGACUGAGGGAUGUUAUGGGCACACCAGGGGUUAGAGCUGUGAACGUAACUUCCAAUCAUGUUAUGGAAGUUGCUCAGAUCCUGGGGAUAGAGGCAGCGCGCCAAGUCAUCAUAACGGAGAUCAGGAAAUGCAUGGACGCGUAUUCCAUGGACAUUGACUGCCGACACAUGACCCUCUUAGGGGACGUCAUGACCUUCAGAGGCGAAGUCUUGGGAAUUAAUCGUUUUGGCAUCCAGAAGAUGAGAGCUUCCACUCUAGUCUUGGCUUCAUUCGAAGAAACAAAUGAACAUCUCUUCGAGGCCGCAGUACAUCACAGGUCAGACCCCGUGAAAGGAGUCAGCGAAUGCAUUAUCAUGGGCAAGCCGAUGGCGCUGGGCACCGGGUCAUUUGAUAUUCUCGCCUCCCAACCCGCACGGUGA